AGAGGAAGUUUGGAUUCUGUUGUCAGCCCAGUUCUGCCACCUGAUGGGAAUCAGGUGUUGUCCCCAGUAUACCUAGAAUUCUUCAAACUAGUCUAACAUGCAUUUUGUUAACUGGAACUGGAGCAGCAAAACAAAGAAAACAAAUGCCUCAUUUUCCAGCUUUGUGGGUGAGAGAACUAUAAGUGAAGAUUAUAAUGCUGGACACUGAUGGCCUUAAGCCAGCUGCCUCAGGAAUCUGCCAAGAACUUUGCUGAAAAUAUGUUCCUCAUCGUAGCAACAGAGCUAAGACUUAUCACACAUCUGCCCACCUUUAUUCAACUGGAGCUCCUUCUGAUCUGACAGCUCAGGCAUUGUCAGUUUCAUCCAGAACAAUUUACAAACUUGGAACCAAAUCCUAUAAUGCCUUAAUCAUUUUAUCAAUCCCACUGAAGACUAUUUGUAUGACUAUGGACCACUUUUGUGGACUGAGGAGGAUCAAAUGCAUCACAAGUUGGGAAAAAGUCCACAAAGACCAGCACACCAUCACACGAUGUACUGAGGAAGAAAAUGUCCAACCGAACCACCGUGACCGAGUUCCUUCUCCUGGGAUUCUCUGACGUUCGGGAGCUGCAGAUUUUACACUUCCUGGUGUUUCUAGUGAUUUACCUGGCAGCCCUGAUGGGGAAUCUUCUCAUCAUCACAGUCGUUGUCCUUGACCACCAUCUUCACACCCCCAUGUACUUCUUCCUGAUGAAUCUGUCCAUCCUAGACAUCGGCUCCAUCUCUGUCACUGUCCCCAAAUCCAUGGCCAACUCCCUCAUGAACAUCAGGUCAAUUUCUUAUUCUGGAUGUGUUGCCCAAGUUUUUCUCUUUGUCUUUUUUGUUUCAGCUGAUCUCGUUUUAUUGACUGUCAUGGCAUAUGACAGAUAUGUUGCCAUCUGCCAACCAUUGCACUAUGAGAGAGUGAUGAACAGGAGAGCUUGUGUCCAAAUGGCAGCUGGUGUCUGGAUCAGUGUUUUUCUCUACUCUGUACUGCACACUGGGAUCACAUUUGCAAUAUCCUUCUGUGGAGGCAACAUAGUUGAUCAGUUCUUCUGUGAAAUCCCCCAGCUCCUCAAGCUUGCCUGCUCUGACACGUACCUCAGUGAAACUGGGGCUAUUGCCUUUAGUGUGUGCUUAGGCUUAAGCUGCUUUGUUUUUAUAAUUGUGUCUUAUGUUCAGAUCUUCAAAACAGUGCUGAGAAUCCCCACUGAACGGGGCCGGCAUAAAGCCUUCUCCACCUGCCUCCCUCACCUCACCACGGUGUCCUUGUUCUUUUGCACUGCCACCUUUGCCUACAGUCAUCCCACCUCCAGCUCAGCCUCAGGUCUGGAUCUCGUGGUGGCUGUUCUCUAUUCCGUAUUGCCAGCAGUAAUGAAUCCAAUCAUCUACAGCAUGAGGAACAAGGAGAUCAAAGCUGCAUUGAGGAAACUGAUAGUGUCGAGAUUAUUCACCAGAAAUAAGCUGUCCAUUUUUUUCCUUUGGUUGUGAUUUCAUUUCGUGUUUCUUUAUAAAUGUAAUCCUCCAAUGACAUUAUUGUCUCCAUGAGAACAUGCUUUGCAAUCUGCUUAUGC